ACAAGGAGGAACUUCUGUACAACAACGCGGGUUUUUUAAAGAAAAAAAAGCUAGCUAGCAAAGCCAGCUAAACAUAGGUCCUUUCUAACCAGCAGAUGAGUUGUGCUACAUUGUUUUUUCACUACCACUUUACAGCCAUGUUGGUUGUUAAGAAUUGAUAGAUAACAGAGAAGGAAAUGGACGUAGUAGACUUUGGUUUGUUGUUUUUAGCUGGCAAAGUGUCAGUCGGCUUGCUAACUAACGUUAAUGUUAACAUUAGCUAACUGUUUACCAGUUAGCUAGCAAGAUGGUUAAGUGGCUCUAGUGGGUGGUCUUUGUGCUUCGGUAGCUAAUUUUUUAGUUUUGUGGUUGAAAGUAUAUAGUAUGCUUACGCUGUCCUGGAGUCAUUCGAUAUUACUGAUCUUAGUGGGAUAUCUGGUUGCAUGAUACGACACACACAUUAGGUUUGGGGUCGGGGGACGCCACAAUAAUGGCAGGGGUCAUCGCCAUGGCAUCUGUCAUUGAAGACUUCGAAACCCAGCCAUGCAAGAAACGCAAAAAAGACAGCGAUGCCGCAGGGGUCAAGACAAUCACCAAUUACUUCACACCAGUGGCCAAAACAGUGGAGAAGCCUUUCUCACCACCUCGCUCCAGCAAUAUCAUGGACUACUUCAAGAAGACCCCUUCAGCCACUAAUGCCAUCAGCCCACUUCAACAGUCCAAAGAGAAUGACCUCCAGCCUGUGGAAGCUGUGGCUGGUUCUGAACAUGCAGCCAAACGAGGUAAGCCUCCGUCCAAAAAGCCAGGCAGGAAGGCUGGAAGAACUGCCAAAAAGGCUCUUGCGAUGAACCCUCCUGAGUCUGACAAUGAUUGCAUAUUGGUGUCGAGCACAGCUCAGUCAGAGGACCCACCAGCAGAUUCCACUGUGACUGUGGAGGACACAGGCAGCACCGCCUCGUUAACUCAAAACAACAGGGAGACUGUGGAGGACACAGGCAGCACCGCCUCGUUAACUCAUGUGGAGACUGUGGGAGAUGUGGAGGAGGCUCUUGAUAGCAACUGUGCAGAUGAUGCAACUGCUACCUCAAAUAAGGAUGCAACUCUAAAGGACACUUCUGAUAGUGGCACACCCUCUGUGAGGACAGACCCAAAACUGGACGGUGCUGGUCUUCCUGUUUGCUCCACCCCAGAGGAGAAGGGAAGGAGAGGCAGGGCUGCAAGGAAGAAUGGCCGAGGAGGAAAGGCCGACUCGGUGCAGUGUGAUGAUGUUCCAGAGACACAGGAGUGCUCUGAGCAGCAGCCACAGGCGCCAUCUGUGUCGCGUGACGCCGGAUUGGAGGAGGAGGAGGAGGAGGAGGAGGAGGCGGCGGCGGCGGCAAAUGAAGAGUCCCAGCUGAACCUCAGCACUGUGACCGUCUCCUUUGAGGACUUCUUAAAAAGUCACAGCCCAAAGGGGGCAAAGCAGCAGCAGCAGCAUCAUCAGCAGCAGCAGGAGGCAGACGAGGUGGAGGGAGAAGAAGAGACCGAAGCAGGUGGGACGAGACUGACUCUUACAUCAGUGGACCAGGCCGCUGACAGAUUGAGCGUCAGCAAACCCUCCGACGAGGGUGACCAGCCUCCCACACAGGUGUCUCCACGCACUCUGACCAUCCAGGCUGAGGUCCACGCCAUCUCCCCUGAUCAGGACCUCUCCCGGGCCUCCGAUCGAAAGGUGUGCUCCAUCUUCACCACCUGCCGCAGGAGUAAAGACAAAGCCGCGCCCUCCCCCCAGUCGCAGGACAACUCGGAGCCUCACCCCGCCCCCCCGAGGAAGUCCAACGUGGUGCUGCAGGAGGAGGACCUGGAGCUGGCUGUGCUGGAGGCUGCAUCCUCCUCCGCCACUGCUGUGCCCAAGUGCAGCCAGGCUGAGCGGAAGCAGUUCAUGAACGCCUUCAAGCAGCCCGCCCAGGACACAGCCAAGGGCAAAGCAGGCAAGGCAGCUGGCAAGCAGAAGCAGCAGCAGCAGGAACAGGAACAGCCAGCUGAGGGAGCUCCUCCAGCUGAUGUGGAGGAAGAGAAGGAGGAGGUGGAUGGGGAGGGGGGGAAGGCGAAGGGGACCGAGGUGGAGAUGGUGGAGGCUGACCCCAAGCCAGUGGAGCUGAAAGGUGCUGCUCAGAAAGCAGCUCGGAAAAAGCGUGGGAGGCCUAAGAAGGAGCAGAGAACCACUCCUCCAGCCGCUCUCCCUGCAGAUGCCGAGGCUCCUACUGCCCGUGAGGCCGGCGAAGCCCUGCCCAGUGCAGACCAGCCCAAAAGCACGCCCACGGCCACUGAGACCAGGAGGAGGUCCGGCCGUGAGCUCGCACGCAAGCAAAGCACGCCGGCCCCCCUCACACCCUCCUCAGAGUCUAAGCACGCGGAGAGCACCAGUAAACCUCAGAGCACGCCGGCCCCCCUCACACCCUCCUCAGAGUCCAAGCACGCAGAGAGCACCAGUAAACCUCAGAGCACGCCGGCCCCCCUCACACCCUCCUCAGAGUCCAAGCACGCAGAGAGCACCAGUAAACCUCAGGAGCUCCCUAGUCCGGCCAGCACACCCAAAACACACCGGCCCAAACGAAACAAGUAUCAGUCCCACAUGCUAGUUCCUCCAGAUGACAAAGGAAGCCCAAUCAGAAUGAAAUUCACCCGUGUGUUCAUAAGCCCUGGAGAGAUGAGCGAAUUUGAUAUCUUGAGUCCACUGGCAAAAGAGGACUCCAAGAAGAGGAAGAAAGCCCAGAAGCUGGUGCAGAAGGCCAAAGCCUUUCAGCAGAGCAGGCAAGAGGCCACCGAAGAGAAGGCACCUUUGCGACGGUCCUCACGCCGCCAGGACACAGCCAAGAGGAACUACUGCGAGCCUGAGGACCCAAUAAUAUGUUUGGAGAAUGAUGAGGACAGCUCCACUGUAAAAACAGAAGAUGCUAAAGCCAAGAAACAGAACCAGGUUCGCAGCCUAAAUGACGUUUUGGGAAAAAAUACACCUGGCACUAAAGUGACCAAAUCACCAGCAGUGGCGGGAGCCAAAGUGGCCCCUCUGUUCACGGGGAAGAAACCUCAGAGGCCAUCAGCUGUGAUCUCCAUAUUUGAUGACAGCAGUCGCGACGCCUCGGACGCCUCUCUGGAUGAUGAGCAGUUCCGGGCGCGUCGGGAGUUCCUGAAAAGCGGCCUGCCCGAUUCGUUCAAGAAGCAGAUCGCCAAAACGGCGGCCAGCCGCGAGGCCUACACCCUCUCCUGCUCCUCCUUCCAGAUGGUGGUGCACGUGCUGCAGAGAGCACCCAACUGUCCCCUGUGGAGUCUGCCCUGGCCUGCGUGCCCCCGUCUGGGCAGGCUGAAGGAGGAGUCUGGGGCUCUGGUGCUCAGGUCUCCGCUGUCUGCCGUGGGUCCACUCAGCCUCGGCAUCGUUCCUGCCCAGAGGAGCUGCAGAGAACAGCUUGUUUCUGGCUGGAGGGAGGACUUGUCUCCAGCAGUGCAGCGCUGGCUGGUGGAGGAGAUCAGCAGGUCCAACCCCUCCUUCCCCACGCAGCGCAUCUUCACCCAGCUGCUGAAGAGACGGGCCGAGCAGCUCCUGAAGCCCACAGCCCCGGACACAGAUAGUGUCCCUCAAGAGACAGCUAGGUCCAGCAGCUCCCAGCCAGUGGGAGGCAAGAGGAAACGAGAGGAGAAUGAGAGGGACUCCGCAGAGAAGGUUUCCAAGAAGCAGCGCUCCAGCCGCAAGGAGCCCGAGACCAUCACCAUCCCAGACGACAACCCAGAGCCCCCCAGGAGGGGCCGAGGGGCCCGCGGCCGGCUACGCAGACAGCAGCAGCAGCAGGAGGAGAGAGAGGAGCCCAAAGCAGAGGUGGUGUCCACACCCGCCAUCUCCCAGAAGGAUGACGUGAUUGUGCUGGACAGUCCGUCGCCCUCGGAGCACACCCCCACAGAGGAUGUGGUGAGAGAGGACGUGAUGUGGACAGAGAAGUAUCAGCCUCAGCACUCCAGUGACGUCAUCGGCAACAUGCAGUCUGUCAGGAGGCUGCACAGCUGGUUAAGAGAAUGGAAGCUGAGGGCCGACCGUGAAGAGAGGAAGAAGCAGCAGGAGAAGAAACAGGGGGACGACCUUAACGACUCCUGGCUCAGUGAGUGUGGUGAGGAGGAGGACCUGCUGUGUAACACACUGCUGAUCACCGGCCCUACAGGAGUGGGAAAAACGGCAGCUGUUUAUGCCUGUGCCCAGGAGCUGGGCUUCAAGGUGUUUGAGGUGAACUGCUCGUCCCAGCGCAGCGGCCGACAGAUCCUGUCCCAACUGAAGGAGGCCACGCAGUCGCACCAGGUGGACAUCCAGGGUGUGAACGCCCACAAGCCCACCUUCUUCAACAGCUACAGCAGCAGCAGCAGCGGUGGUGGUAGCGGCUCCAGACCCGGCUCCUCUCCCCGCAAGGUGAACUCACCCCGGCGGGUCUUGUCCUCCCCCCACAAGCCCCCCCAGUCUCCCCGACUGAAGAAGAGGGGCUCACUGGCCCCCACCUCUUUGGCCAACUUCUUCAAAAUGGGUGGCAAGCCUUCUCCCAAAGAGCCUGCCGAAACCAACGGCAAAAAAACACGGCCAGCCUGUAAGAGCCCUCGCAAGAGAGUCAAGCCCAAGGAGGCUUCUUGUUCAAGUGAGGAUCAGUCAGCUACACCAUCAGCGCCAGCUCCACCACCACCACCACCAGCGCCAUCGACACCAGCAGCAGGACCAGCCGUCGGUGGCAAGGCCCCAGGCGACGAGCAGGGCAAGAGAACGGCCACGUCACUCAUCCUGUUUGAGGAGGUGGACGUCAUCUUUGACGACGACACGGGCUUCUUGGCCGCCAUCAAGACCUUCAUGGCAACCACCAAGAGGCCCGUCAUCCUCACCACCAGUGAUCCUAAUUUUAGGACCUCAUUUGAUGGCUACUUUGACGAGAUCCACUUUGAGACUCCCUCUGUGGAGCAUGUGAGCAGCUACCUGCGUCUGCUGUGCCUGGCGGAGAACGUGCGCGUGUCUGCGGAGGACGUAAUGUCCCUGCUGCGCUGCACCGGCGGGGACGUCCGGCAGAGCCUGCUGCAGCUGCAGUGCUGGGUUCGCAGCGGAGCCGGACCCGGAGCCCCUCACACAGCCACCCAGUCGCUGCAGGUCAGUGGCAGUGAGGUAGCUCUUGAGCAGGAUGGGAAGCCAGAUGUUCCCCCCUGUGAUGCCGGCUGCACUGCCAGUCUCCUCGGCCUUCUCAAUGUCCAGCUUCCAGACAGCCUUCUCGAGUUCAUCAAGUGUGAGUCUGCGAGCCCACUCUGCUGGGAGCUGCUGGCUGAAACCGAGAGGAGAGGCUUUGACCUGCUCUACUCCAACAUGGAGGUCCUUCUCCCUCUGCCCACCUGUCCACUCAGACAGGCUCUCCCCAGAGCCCCCGUAGAGCUUGGGCCAGGCCAGACUGCCCCUUCCCCUGCCCCCACCACCAGCCUCCCACCCCAGCCUGCCAACCCCAACACUAAGCCCCCUCUGCUGGCUGAGACUGAGGAAGAGGCCAGUCCACUCAAAGUCUCUUCCAGGAUGAGGCAGAAGAAGCAGUGCCAUCCAGGCACCAAGGACCCCUUCCAGUCCGACUCGGACUCAGACGAUGGCUUCCUGUCGCUCUGCAGACCCGCGUCUGUCCCUGGCGAUGCUCCAGAGCCACUGAAGGAAGAGGAAGCGCCGCUCGCAAGGCCCGUGACAGAGAGGAGGAAGAGGGUCGAGUUGACCGAAGCCGAGAGGAAGAGGAGCGGCCCAGUCUCCAUCGCCCUGGGCGCCAUGGCUGAAUUCCUGGAGCACAUGUCCGCCCUGGACUCCUACCUGACGUGCCCGGCUUUGCAGGAAGCUGACGGUGCAUGUGUGCCGGCUGCGGCGUCCGGCUGGGCCCAUGCGGAGAUCCGGAGCGGCCUGACAGACGAGCCCCGGCUGCAGGCCGGAGGCAGGAGCGGAGGCUGCCGCUGGGCGGCUGGAGAGGAGCAGGUGCGGGAGAUCCGGGCGGCGAUGGAGAGCCUGAGCUUCAGGAGGUGCAGGGCCGGCGUGGAGCAGGCGUGGGGAGCAGCACAGUCUCUGGAGGAGGAGGAGGGGGUCAGGCAGGCGGCGCUCGACGAGAUCACACUCCCCACGGCUCCGCACAGACAGACCUUCAACAUCACGCCGGACAACACACUGUGCCAGCCAGGAUUGCCCCAGCGUAGGUGUGACCUGGUGAGAAGUGUAUGUAGCUCCAAAGUGGGCACCAGCAGCCGGGCGGCCAUAGCGCUCGACAUCCUGCCCACCCUGCGCACCAUUUGCAGAUCUGAGCAGCUCAAGGAGCAGGGCAAGGUGAAACGCAGGUUUCUCCACUACCUGGAAGGCAUCAACCUUGGUCUUCCCAAACAAACCCUUCAGCUUCUGGCAGCGGACUUUCCAUAAGCUGUGUGUGUGUGUGUGUGUGUGUGUGUGUGUAUGUGUUUGUUUGUGUGAUGACAGUAAAAUGAGUGUUGUACAGUAUUGUAACAUACCCACAAUAGUGGCCUUGAUUGUUUAUUAAUGUAGUGUACAUUUUGUAACAGUAUGUUUUUAUAAUCCAACUAUCCUCAGUACAGUGCCCUAAUUUUAUCAAGUAAUAAAUUCCUAGAUUUGACAGACAUUUAUAGAAAGAGUACAUGUUAACUUUUAAAAAUGUUUUCACUUGUAUUUGUAACCCAAGCUUCACUAUGCUUAAACGAUGUGUACUGAAUGAUGUUGAUGAUCUACUUCUCCCCAUGGUUAAAGUGGGGUUAUAAAAUGUCACGUUUUUUUUUUUUUAAUCACAUUUCUUAUAGGUUGUGUUUGUAUUUAUAUGAAGGUGUGGCUCUGGUUACUUUUGUGAAAUCUGAAAAAAUAAAACAUGUUUAUAUUUUCCCCCCCACA